UUUAGAGUUGAUCUCAACUAAUUUUCCCAAUAAAAUAUUGAAUUUAAUAAGUCAACUAUCAUAAUUGGUGUAGGGGUAAGUGGAUGAAUGAUGGAUGUGAACAGCCAAGCAACUGCAAGUCAAGAUUGUAGAAAUGUAGCACUUGUUUCCAUCUUGAGGAGGAGUCAAAGUCAAGCAGAAUAUCAAAUUCCUAAGCAACUCAAGUGGUGGGUUGUGGUGGUGGUGUGAGGGGCAUUAUAGGCAAUUUGCAUGUCAACGGAUGAUGAGAAUUUUGUUGCCUACCAUUGGUCCCCUUCACACAAUCUUUUUCCACACGGAACCAAAUUCUUCAUGAUAGUCAACACUAGUUUCUGAAUAUAAUAUACCACCAACCACCAUCUCAAACUCCCUGCCUCCAAACACCACCACCACCUCCUCCGCCACCCUCACGAGCUCCACAGCAUCUGCGGAUGGCUUUAUCCCAUCUCCAAUCCCAUUUCUUUCUCGUCUGUUUCUUCGCAUUAACUUUGAUCGUUCAAUCAAGAUUUCAUCUCCACCCUCCUGAUCAUGAUGCCCUCUUGGCUAUACUCAAAGACUUUGGGAUUGAACCCAAGAGGAAUCCAUGCAACUCGGCCGUUUUCUGCGAAAGACGAAUCGCAAACACUUCCGACAGCCUCAGAGUUUCUCGUCUUGUGUUUGAGUCCCAACGCCUCAGAGGAAAACUAUCUCCUGCCAUUGGUCAGCUCUCUGAGUUGCAAGCACUUUCCUUACCAGACAACCAGCUUGUGGGCCAAAUCCCACCUCAAAUCAUUGACUGCAAGAAACUUGAGGUUCUAAACCUCAGAAACAAUGGGUUUUCGGGCAAAAUCCCGAUCGGAUUAUCCUCAUUAAUCCGCCUUCGGGUCCUAGAUUUAUCCUCAAACAAGUUUACAGGGGACCUGGAAUUCUUGAACUACUUCCCCAACCUGGAAAAACUCAAUCUUGCUGGUAAUAUGUUUGAUGGAGAAGUACCUGUGUCUGUGAUAUCUUUUCCAAGUCUCCGAUCCAUAAAUAUUUCUGGCAACAAUUUAGUCGAGGGCUCAGUGUCAUUGAUUAAUAAUCGAUUUGAUCAGUAUUUGCCCUCAGAAUUCGCUGAAAAGGAUAGCAUUCCAAAGAGAUAUGCUUUUGCUGAAAGUUCACAAGGCAGCAAUCAGUCCACAUCUGUCGAAGACCCAUCGUCGAGAACAGAACAGAAACAAAAGCACAAGAAGAAGAAAAAGAAAGCAGGUGAGUGGAUUCUUAUAUUCUUGGCUGGAGCAUUAGCAGGCAGUGGUUCUGGAUUGGUGUUCUCUUUGCUUUUUAAGCUGCUCCUGCGCUUAAUCCGAGGGCGUAGAAACUACACACGAUUGAGAAUCUUCAGCCCCAUGAUCAAGAAACCUGAGGACUUGGCUUUCCUGGAAAAAGAAGAAGGAUUAGGAUCACUCGAAGUCAUUGGAAGAGGGGGAUGCGGGGAAGUUUACAAAGCUGUUUUACCUGGAAGCAAUGGGAAAGAAAUAGCCAUCAAGAAGAUAAUUCAGACCCUUGGAGAUGCACAAGAGCUCACAGACGAAGACAGCAAGUUUUUAAACAAGAAAAUGCGCCAGGUUAGGUCUGAAAUUCAGACCGUAGGCCAAAUCAGGCACCGGAAUUUAGUUCCAUUGCUGGCCCAUCUUCCACUGCCCAAUUGCCAUUACUUGGUGUAUGAGUACAUGAAGAAUGGCAGCCUGCAGGAUUAUCUCCAAUACGUAGCUGCAGAUAAAAGAGAACUCAACUGGUUGGCCAGAUACAAGAUUGCGCUAGGAGUGGCUGCAGGCCUCGAGUAUCUUCACAUGAAUCAUAGACCUUGCAUAAUUCACAGAGACCUGAAGCCUGGAAACAUCCUCUUGGAUGAUGAAAUGGAAGCCCGAAUAGCAGAUUUCGGCCUCGCAAAAGCGCUCCCUGAUGCAAACACGCAUGUGACAACGUCAAAUGUAGCAGGAACAGUUGGAUACAUUGCCCCCGAGUAUUACCAGACAUUUAAGUUUACUGAAAAGUGCGAUGUAUACAGCUUCGGCGUGCUGCUAGGUGUCCUGGUCAGUGGGAAGUUUCCAUCUGAUGAGUUCUUCGAGCACACAGAUGAGAUGAGUUUGAUGAAAUGGAUCAGAAAUUUGAUGACUUCCGAGGACCCGAAAAGGGCAAUUGAUCCAAAGUUGUUUGGAAAGGGGUACGAGGAGCAGAUGCUCUUGGUUCUCAAAGUUGCCUGUUUCUGCACUCUGAGUGAUCCCAAGGAGAGGCCAAAUAGUAGAGAUGCUAGGGGCAUGUUAUCUCAAAUAGAGCACUAAUUAUUAAAAGAAAAUGUGUGAUGAUGUCUGAAAGAUGCAUGUAAAUAUUUUGAUUUAAUCAAUUUGUAAAAUAUAUUUAAGUUGUUUGGUCAAGGUUUUUCUUA